AUGGAAUGGGUGAAACGCGUAUAUUACGAUAAGUUCGAUUUAAAAUUAAUUAUUGGCUUUCUAUCCAGAACCACCAGGGAACUUAAUAUCGAUAUAAAAAGAUGUAAUUGCGAAAAGGCCCUGGAUUAUUUACACGCGAUUUACAAGGUCCAAAUAAAGGUUUUUAUUAUUAACGUCAUUAAAUAA